UUGAUUUUCAUCAUUGACAGACGAUGUUGCUAGUUCUUGUCGUGUUGCAAUUUAUAAGUUUUACUUAUGGCAGUGAGAAGAAUAACCAAACCUAUUCAGAAUGCGAGGCUAUGACUGCAAAAGACGAGCCAAAUUUUGCCAUUGUUUUUCAAUGUCUUGUUGCAAACUAUAAUUUAAAUGCAACUCUAUUGGAUAUUAUGAUAAAGAUGGAUCAAUUUCAACAAAUUUUAAAUCAAAUUUCUAACGAACAGGAAUAUAAACAAUCACCUUUUAAAAAAAUUGAUGACAUUUUAGAAAUACCUAGUGAUUUAUCCGGUAAAGAUUGCCAAUACAGACGACAAAUAAUGCAAGCCAUACGCAGAAAACUGGAAUGGUAUAAUGUUAUGGACGAUACGGAGUCUACACUUUUCGAUUACGAUGAUGCCAUAAAGCCAGAGAUUUCUGAAUCAGCACCGGAAAAUGCGGUUUCAAAAAUCGAACUGAGAACCGAUUAUAAAAUGGUUUUAAAAGAGAUCCGUUGCCUGCUGGCAAAAUCCAUACGAAAUACAGAACCGACCGUUGAUGCAAUAGAAAGCAAUUAAUUUGAAAACUGGAAUAGGUUUCCCCUUAAAAUGUGACUAUUUUCGUAUGUAUUUUGAAGUU